CCAGGACCACCAAGCUUGGUCGGCGGCGCGGCACGCGAACCGGCUGCAUUAAUCAGCGUUUGUUGCGCGCAGCACUACUGCGCCAAUCCCAGCAAAGCGUCGCUGCAACCGCCGCCGCCGCGGGAUAGCUAGGUAGCUUUUUGGCUUGACCACCAAAUAAAAACUUUGAGCUCGCACGCCGUAACAAGCAAGCGCGUACAAAAAUGGCGGCCCAGACCAACGGCGCCGUCCCCGCCGGCUACGCCGUCAAGCCGCGCCUCGACUACCGCACGAUAGCCGGCGUCAACGGCCCCUUGGUCAUCCUCGACAACGUGAAAAUGCCGCGCUUCGCCGAGAUCGUCAAGUUACGCCUUGGAAACGGGGAAGAACGAUCCGGCCAGGUCCUCGAGGUCGCUGGUGGAAGAGCUGUGGUGCAGGUCUUCGAGGGGACGUCGGAUAUUGAUAAUCGCCACACGCACUGCGAAUUUACGGGAGACGUCCUCAAGAUGCCCAUCUCGGAGGAGAUGUUGGGGAGAAGCUUCAAUGGGAGUGGGAAGGUCAUUGAUGGCGCGCCCGCGGUCUUAGCCGAGGCUUUCCUCGACAUCAACGGCACACCCAUAAACCCCAGUUGUAGAGACUACCCGAAGGCCAUGAUCCAGACCGGCAUAUCAGCUAUUGAUGUGAUGAACUCCAUCGCGAGAGGGCAGAAGAUUCCCCUCUUCUCCGCCGCCGGCCUGCCGCACAACGAGGUCGCGGCGCAGAUCUGUCGCCAGGCGUCAUUGGUGCAGUUAUCCGAUAGACAAGACGGCCACGAGGAGAACUUCGCGCUGGUCUUCGGCGCCAUGGGCGUCAACAUGGAGACGGCUCGGUUUUUUAGGAACGACUUCGAGGAGAGCGGCGCGAUGCAGCGGACUGUGUUAUUUUUGAACCUCGCGAAUGACCCUACGAUUGAGAGAAUCAUUACUCCUAGAUUGGCACUGACUACUGCGGAGUAUUUGGCCUACGAGAAGGACUUACAUGUGUUGACCAUCUUAACAGAUAUGUCUUCCUAUGCCGAUGCCUUACGAGAAGUGUCGGCGGCGCGAGAGGAAGUUCCGGGUAGAAGAGGCUACCCCGGCUACAUGUACACCGAUUUAUCCACGAUCUACGAGCGCGCGGGCCGCGUCGACGGCCGGAACGGUUCUAUUACACAGUUACCUAUCUUAACGAUGCCAAACGAUGAUAUCACGCACCCCAUUCCUGAUUUAACGGGUUAUAUCACCGAGGGCCAGAUUUAUCUAGAUAGGCAGCUGCACAACAAGGAGAUCUUCCCGCCGAUCAACGUGCUGCCCUCUUUAUCAAGACUGAUGAAGUCGGCCAUCGGCGAAGGCAUGACGCGCGACGACCACGGCGCCGUCUCGAAUCAAUUGUACGCGUCCUACGCCAUGGGCCGCGACGUGCUCGCCAUGAAGGCCGUCGUCGGCGAGGAGGCGCUGUCGCUCGACGACCACCUUCACCUGAGCUUCCUGGACCGCUUCGAGACGAAGUUCGUCGCGCAGGGGCCGUACCAGAACCGGACGAUCUUCGAGUCGCUGGAUUUGGCCUGGUCGCUGCUGCGCGCCUUCCCGAAGGAGCUCCUCAAGAAGAUCCCCAAGAAGACGCUCGCGGCGCACUACGCGCGCAAGGCCCAGGACGGCGCGGCCGAGGAGAAAACGUCAUAGGGCGGCCUCCCCUUUAACAUAGAAGUGUGUCAU